CUCCUCUCCCUCUCUCUCUUAUUAUUGCUCCUCGGGUCGGGGUUCCUCGGCCCCCUCUCUCUCUCUUCCUCUGCUUUGGUGCGUGCUGCUCCCUGCCUCCCCUUCUCCCUUGCUUUGCUUUGACCUUGCCGGCUUUACCCGCCGGCCCUCCCGCCUUUCCCCGCCGCUGCCGCUGCUUGGAUUUUAGGAUCGGCGGAGAGAGGUUCCGCUGUUCGUCGUCGGUUGCUUGCUGCGAGGAGGGGCAUUAGGUGAUCCGGUUGUGCGUGGAAGAUGACGGUGGAGGGGAGGGUGAGCGUGGUGGACGACGGCAGGGACAGGUUCCCGGUGGGCAUGCGGGUGCUCGCCGUCGACGACGACCCCACCUGCCUCAAGGUCCUCGAGAGCCUCUUGCUCCGCUGCGACUACCACGUGACAACAACUGGGCAGGCAGCUACAGCCCUGAGGAUGCUCAGGGAGAACAAGGACCGGUUUGACCUGGUGAUCAGCGAUGUCCACAUGCCCGACAUGGAUGGCUUCAAGCUUCUUGAGCUUGUCGGCCUCGAGAUGGAUCUCCCAGUCAUUAUGCUGUCUGCAAAUGGGGAGACACAGACAGUCAUGAAGGGCAUAACCCAUGGAGCAUGUGACUACCUGCUGAAGCCAGUGCGUCUAGAGCAGCUGAAGACGAUAUGGCAACAUGUGGUUAGGCGGAAUACCAAGACCCGUGGUAAUGACAAUGAUGAUGCCGGUCAGAAGGUGCAGAACGGUGAUGGUGAGAAUGGUGGUGCUAACCGCAACAAGAGGCAGUCGCGUAGAGAUGAGAAUGGAGAUGAUGGUGAUGAUUCUGAUGAGAACAGCAAUGAGAAUGCAGACGCUUCAUCCCAGAAGAAGCCAAGGGUUGUGUGGUCUGUUGAGCUGCACAGGAAGUUUGUAGCUGCUGUCAACCAGCUUGGCAUUGACAAGGCUGUUCCAAAGAAAAUACUGGAUCUCAUGAAUGUAGAGAACAUCACCAGGGAAAAUGUUGCCAGCCAUCUGCAGAAGUACCGGCUGUACCUGAAAAGGAUGAGUAUGGAUGCAAGCAGGCAGGCUAACCUAGUUGCUGCACUUGGAGGAAGGAACCCUGCUUACGGCAACAUGAAUUCACUCGACGUUUUCAGGCACUACAACAAUGCAUAUGGGAGAUACCCCCCCGUCCCCACUACCACCCAUUCACAAUCAAAUAACCUAGUUGCAAGGAUGAACUCCCCAUCUGCAUUUGGAAUGCAUGGUUUGCUGUCUUCGCAGCCACUUCAGCAUGGUCAUGCCCAAACUAAUAUGGGCACUUCUCUUAAUGAUUUAGGGGUUAACAAUGGUAACAUGAUCAGGGCUGCACAGAUGCCAACAAUGGUAACUGGUACUUCUUGUAACUCUUUCACAAACAUAUCAAAUGGUGCCCCAUUGGCUCCUGCAAAUAGGUCAGUCCAGCCUCUUGAAUCAAGCAACCGGCAACACCUUGGUCAGAUACAUUUGUCUUCGACAGACUCAUUUAGUUCAUUCGUUGGCGAGUCUCACCACUUUCCAGAUCUUGGAAGAACUAGUAACACCUGGCAAACUGCAGUUCCAUCCAACAUUCAGGAACUGGGUCACAACGGCAGCAUGUCCCAAGCAACUUUGCAUGUGAAUGGCCCCAGGAACCCUGUCUCAAGCUUUACAUCAGCAUCCAAUCAGAUUCCAACUCUGGGAAAUGGGCUGCAGAGCCAAGUAGCAUCACUAGCUAGCAACCCCCUCCCAGUGACAUUUAAUCAGGAUGCAUCACCAUUCACAUACGGAAGCAGCACAAACUCAAGAGAGGUGCUAAAUGGCAACCUUGCAUUUAGCAAUUCAGGCAUCAAUACUUCGUUGCCCAACCUUCGGAUAGACAAUCCGAUCGUGCCUAGGCACACUCUGGAUGGCAGUAAUGCCGGUGAUGUCCCUUCUCUGCAGGAUGGCAGGAUUGAUCAACAAGCUGUUGGUAAUCAGCUCCAUUACAACAAUGAUCUCGUGGCCACAAGUAGGCUACAAAGGGGGCUCAGUGGCAGUUUGGAUGAUAUUGUUGUUGACAUGUUUAGGCCGGAUAGCGGUAAUGGUGGCAGUUUCAUCGAUGCAGACUGGGGGCUGGUAUAGCCGGUCUCUACUCCUAGAGUCCAUGUCACUAUGUCAGAUUUUCCGCAUUUGUGGCGCCUGCUGCUGAUUGGUCCAUCAUGCAAUUGCCUGGUCAAAGUUGUCCAUAGUAGCUUUCAUCAGAAAUGACUUCUGCAUUUCUUUUUCUUCAGUUUAGCGUUCAGGUUCUUGGGUUAGUCUGCCAGUCGUGCAGAGUUAUGUCAAGUAACAAUUAUGUGCUGUCUGGGUCCUUAAGUCCUAUAACUAUGUCAAUUCAGGUAUAACUGGUUAUCGCAAGAUAUAGUAUGCUUGGUAUGCAAGUGAAUGCUUCGCUUUAACGUUGGAAACAUAUUUUGCUCCUUUUGUCAUAUUUUCUUUUGCUACAAUUUUUAGUCGGUUGAAUUGUCAGAACAGCAUGACAUUUUAGCAGAUUUGUGCUGUAUGGAAAUGAAAGUUUUGGUUAUUUGCGUGA